ACUACUCACAAAUACAUUCACACAGGAGAGAAACCUUAUCAGUGUGAUAUCUGUGGUAAAUCAUUCUCUCAGAAUCAUCAUUUAAUUACUCAUAAGCGCAUUCAUACAGGUGAGAAACCCUAUCCCUGUAAUAUUUGCGGUAAAUCUUUUUCUCAAAGUUACCACUUGAGUAAACACAAACGUAUUCAUACAGGAGAGAAACCAUAUCAUUGUGAUAUCUGUGGUAAAUUGUUUUCAUGGAGCAAUGCUUUAACUAACCAUAAACGUAUUCAUACAGGAGGGAGGCCAUAUCACUGCGAUAUCUGUGGAAAGUCUUUUUCACAGAGCGAUGUCUUAAUCAAACACAAACGUGUUCACACGGGAGAGAAGCCAUACGUGUGUGAUAUCUGUGGUAAAUCCUUCUCUCAGAACUAUACCUUAAUUUCUCACAAACACAUUCACACAGGAGAGAAGCCUUAUCACUGUGAUGUAUGUGAAAAGUCUUUCUCUCGAAAAGGUAACUUAACUACUCACAAACAUAUCCAUGCAGGAAAGAAACCAUAACACUGUGAUAAUUCUAUUACUCUCUCUCUCUCUCUUUUACUUGUUUCAGUCAUUUGACUGCGGCCAUGCUGGAGCACCGCCUUCAGUCGAGCAAAUCGACCGCAGGACUUAUUCCUUGUAAGUCCAGUACUUAU